CGAGAUUAUUGUUCGUUUAGGGAAGAUUUUCGAGACAAUAGCACGAGAGGAUAUCAGCAGCGGCACAAUGUCAGAGGGUUGCACAAGUUGCAGAGGCGCGAAUUAUGCGGGCAACACUUUACAAUUAGGCACGACUCCCGGUGGCAACACCGGAAGUUUGUCGUCUACUUCUGGAACAAGCACAACCACAAGAAGAGUUCAAGUCCGCGCAAAAGUGCUAUACGGCACAGGCAAGGCGAUAGCGAGCUUGCAAGCUCAGGAGAAAGCAGCCAGACAUUGACGAGCAUCAUCCUUUCUUCUCUCUCCUACGCAUUAUCAUCAAAAUCGGGAGAAGAAAACGAUAAAGCAGAAUACUACACCGAAAAUCAAACGUCAAAUUACAAAGUGAAAAUUUCUGAAAAAGAUGAGCAAUUGCUUUUCACAUCAACAGACAAUCUGGAAAAAAGAAUAAAUAUUUCAUCAGGCUGCAAUCCUUUAACUGCAGAUAUCCAGAAAAGCGACGCAAAUAUUUUGUAUCCUAUCAAAGCACCUUGUUUGAAAUACAUACAGAAGUUGCUAAAGGAAAAGAUAGAAAAGGGAACAGCAACGGAUGUGUUACAGCCGAGAGAUUCCGACGGAACCACGUAUAUUCGUGUAAAAGAGGCGAAUCAGACGGGAAAUGGAAUCCAACAUGAAUUUUUGAAUGCAUCGCGCAUUUCUGCAAGCUUCACAGCGACAAAAUCAGCCAAAAAUGAAAAGAAAAAUGAAGAUAAUAAAAGGAUAAAAAAUAUAAAAUUUCGAGAAGAAGAAACCGGACCGCUGAAUAAUGCGGAUGCCAAAAGUAACAUUUCGAAAUCGUUGAACAAUGUAAAAAGUAACACACCGCAGCAAGUAAAAUUUUUUGAAACACAGAAUGAUAACGAUGAAAAAACAAAUAAAAAUUUGAACAAAAGUGACAAAAUUUUUUUGGUAACAAGGGAAAACUUUGUUAAAAAUUCGAAUAAAAGUUGGAUCCGAAUGAGCAAUGUGAUGGCACAGAAUGCUGAUGCGAAAGUUGGAAAUCAAACUCUCGAAAGUCGUACUGAACAAGAAAACUGGGAAUCCGCAGAAGACGAUCUGAUGGAAGCUGCAAAUUUUGGAUUGCAAGCCAUGCACAAACUUUAUUAUAUCCAGGAACCCAAAUUAUAUUCGCUGGGUCUUUAUCUCGGGCUCGACAAUCCAGCGAGAUACGUGGCUGCAUUUAACGAUCAAUCGAAAGAAGCGAGAGAUCUCGCAAAAUUCGGAUACGCAGUUCUUCAAGGUACCGCUAUGUUCUUAAAAAAGUUUCCCAACGCACCAUUAGAAUUACCUUUAUCCCGAACUAAGUUUACCCGAAAAACCUUGCUGGAACAACAAUGUCCACAAAGGGACCCACCUCAAUGCCCACCGGCUAGUCUAAGGUACAGAACGUCUGACGGCAGCUGUAAUAAUUUGCAGAAUCUCUGGUGGGGUUCCGCAAUGUCUGCGAUGCAGAGAUUUCUACCGCCUGAAUAUCAGGAUGGCGUUCAAACCAUUAGACGAUCGAAAAACGGAAGACCACUCCCGUCUGCGCGAGAUAUCACGAAUCGAAUUCAUGAAAGUAAAGACAUACCUUUGGCAUCCGUUACUCACAUGCUAAUGCAAUGGGGACAAUUCGUAGAUCAUGAUUUGACAGCGACCGGUCAAAGCAGAGGAUUUAAUGGCACAGUGCCACAAUGUUGUUUACCAAGAGGUGCCGGCUUUCAACCGCCAGAGUUCAUGCACCCGGAGUGUUUACCGAUAGCAGUGAAUCUACGCGACAGCUUCUAUGGUCCUUUGGGCGUAAGAUGUCUAGAGUUUCUCAGAAGCGGACCGGCUCCUAAAGAGGGCUGCAAGUUUGGCCCUAGAGAACAACUCUCCCAAGUGACCAGUUAUUUGGAUGCGUCCACAGUUUAUAGCAGUAACGCCGUGCAUAGUGACAGUCUGAGGAUAUUCCGAAACGGAUUGCUGCAAUACGGAAAAAUUCAAUCGCGACGACCUUUGCUUCCAAAACGCGAAUCCGAUCUGUGCAACCGCGGAUCUUUGUCGACGACUUGCUUUCGAGCCGGCGACGGACGUCUCAGUGAGCAGCCUGCUCUUACAUCUCUACACGUCGUCUUUCUAAGAUUGCACAAUAGAAUAGCUACAGAACUAUUCGCCUUAAACUCCCAUUGGAGCGAUGAGAAACUUUUUCAAGAAACCCGAAGGAUCGUCGGCGCCGUAAUUCAACAUAUAACCUAUCGAGAAUUUCUGCCGAUCGUUCUUGGUCCUCGGGUGAUGAAAAUUUUUGAUCUGGAAGUUCUUAAAAAAGGAUAUUACGAAGGAUACGAUCCAACUAUAAAUCCUACAAUUGCAAAUUCAUUUUCUACAGCGGCUUAUCGAUUCGGACACUCGUUGGUCCAGCAGAGUUUUAUUAGAUUCGAUAGCAAUCAUAGGCCCAUAUUUAAUAAUGUCUCGAUCCACGACGAGUUUAGCAAUCCAGCGAAUCUGGAGACGGCGGGAUCCGUCGAUCGACUUCUUUUAGGGCUAGUGAAUCAACCGUGCCAGAGGAGGGACGAGUUCAUAACCGAGGAGAUUACGAAUCAUCUCUUUCAAACACCCGGCUUUGCAUUCGGUAUGGAUCUGGCUUCUCUCAAUAUCCAGCGAGGCAGAGAUCACGGUUUGCCACCUUAUGUGCGAUGGCGUGAGCCUUGCAGCUUGUCGCCGAUAAAAAGCUUUGAGGAUCUCGAUAGAGUGAUGUCGUCGGAAAUGGCGAGGAAAUUUAGAUCGCUAUACUCGUCAGUAGAAGAUAUCGAUCUCUUUUCGGCCGGACUGGCGGAAAAGUCGGUGACCGGCGGCCUGGUCGGCCCGACCUUUGCCUGCAUAAUCGGCCAGCAAUUCAGCAACCUACGACGCGGCGAUCGAUUUUGGUACGAGAAUGCUGAAAGCGAAAGCAGUUUCACUGCCGGUCAGCUGCAGCAGAUUAGACGAAUUACUCUAGCUCAAGUAUUGUGCCGAACAAUGGAUGGCAUCGAGACCAUACAACCGUUUGUCUUUCUCGCGACGGAUACGUUGAAAAACCGACGUCUCUCCUGUGAUGAUCCGAUCAUUGGACAAUUGAAUCUCGAAUUUUGGGCCGAACGACCGUCUGAAUUUAGAACCUACGUAGACGAUCCACAAAAGAUUAAAGCGGUCGACAUAAAUGAUUCUAUUUCUAAAUCGAAAGAAGAAAACAUCAAUUCGAGGAGGAAAGUCAGCAAUCAGGAACAAGAAAAGAUUAUACCUCAGCAGCCUUUCAAAAACAGCGUUAAUCAACAAAAUAAAAUCAUCAUAAAAAGACCGCUUGGACGUCCAGAUAACAACAAUGUCACAAUCGUGGUCCAGAACAAUGCCGUGAAUUCGCCUGUUUUCGUAAACGAGGGUAUUUACGGUUCGCAUGUGAAAAUACAGCAGCAGCCUGGCACCAAACCGAUUUCAAAUCUUAAUCAAGCUGUAAACAGUUAUCCCGUAUUUCGGCCACAAGCAAAACCUAUACCUACGACAAUCCCUCAUUCGGCAAAUUUUCAUUCAGCGAGUUAUCCGUAUGUUCCCCACGCUUUCGACGAUCCUAGUAAUCCGAAUCCGCUCGCUUACGGAUACAGAUCACCUGCUUUCGCACAAGAUGACGUCUUUUACGAUAAUUAUUCUCCCACAAGUCCGAGGCCUACUCUCUAUACCUAUUAUACAAAUUUCCAGCAAAAAUAUACUACUCAGAUGCCCGAUCGCGAGGUCAACGGUUAUUUGAUCAAUUACGGAUCCUCCUCGUAUAAUAAUCACGAUUCACUUUCGCACUCUUACGAAAGACCUAAACCUUUAGUAAAUUCUGAACAUUAUUACGAAUUAAACGAUAAUAAAAAAUCAACGCAAAAAUUUGAUUACAUUAAUUCUACACCUUCGAUAAACGCACGGCCGACUUUUAAGCCGAAUUAUGCAUCGAAUGACGAAUCUUAUCAUACGCACGAGACAAAUUACAAUGGAUAUAAAUUUUCAACAACCAUCUGGCCAAAUUCUCGACCAAAUUAUGAAUCAAACGAUGAAGCGUAUCAUGGACAAAAACCAUCUGUUAUAGAUUAUAACAAAUCUAAACCUUUAACCAACUCGCGACCGGAUGAUGUAUUAUAUAAAUUACAGAAACCGGUUUAUGGUGGACUUAUGGCUCUAGCAAAUUUGCGACCGGAUUUAAAACCGAAUUAUCAAUUAUAUGGCACACAGAAACCAAGCGGUAUCGAAAAUUUACAGAAUGACGAUUUAAGUAACAAACCGAAUAAAGCUUAUCAGACUAAUCUAAAUAAACCGCAACAUCAGGAACAAUGGAACUCGAAUGAUUAUCACGUGAGACCUAGCGAGAGACCGUAUGAUUACGAUGAUCCUGACGCAUAUCGUAAAAAAUCAAAUAUUAAAUCACCAAAUUAUAAUAACUCUCAUCAAACAGCAUCGAUUAAUAGACCGAAUAAUGAAUAUAAUUCUCAAUUUUGGAAAACAGAUUCGUUAGAUUCUAACAAGAAUUCUCUGCAAGAUGGACUUUAUGGAUUUAUUCCAAAUUCUGGAACAAGUACUUCUUCGUAUCAAAAAGAUACACCAACAAAAUCGAGUAAUUCAUUUUCUACGCAUCACAAUAAUUAUGAUCGAUAUUCCAAUGCGACUUUGAUUUAUCAAAAAACACCACCAUCUACUCAAAGUAGUUGGAUAGACGUCUCAUCUUAUAUAACAGAAAGUAGUACUCGACCUCUUCAAAGCGAUUCUUUUAAUUCACAUAAUCCUUCAUUCAAUCAGAAGGUAACGAAUUAUCCCAUCUAUCAGAAAGACAAUCAAUCGCCAUUGUCUUCUUAUUCAAAAGAAUCGGUCAAUAGACCGUUUGCUACCGCAGAUUCAUAUAAAUAUGAUGAUUCUUAUAAAAAUCCUACCAAAUCAUCUGAUUUAAGUGGCCAGUUAUUAUCCAGUACUCCAUAUUGGUUAGAAACUUUGACGAUUGGUUCUCAGAUACACAGAAAAGAUGAAAAUCUCAAUUCAAAACCAACAAAAGUGCAAAGCGUAACAAUCGUCACUGAAACGCUCGAAACUGUCCAUCAUUCUGGACUUUCCGGAUACAUAUCUCAACAUGAAAUUACCAGCGAGGUCCCAAGGCCAUUGGAGCAGCAGAUAAAAAAUAAUGUGCCAAUUAUCCAGAAACCUGGACAGUAUUAUUACGAAAAGAACGUGCUAUAUCGAUAUCCGGACGAAAUAAUCGAUCAAAUUCCCAAAAGUAAUAGUUAUUCAGCUGGCAAAUCUGAGGAAGCAUUUAUUCAAGAUCGAGAAACAACUCCUAAGAAUAUCGCAGUGGAAACAUCAGUUGUCGACGAUUCCAUAACAAACUCUAAAAUGAUUCAAAGCGACGAAAAUAAAUUGACGACGACACCUAUGCUCGUAAUCAGUGAUUAUAAUAAUAACAGAGGCGACAUGAUGAGGGAUCUUCAACGUACUUUCUCGACAGAUAUCGAAAAUGUUGCAUCGACUUCCGAUAGGAUAAAUCAUUGGGUCAAUCCACAAGAAGAUCUAAAUUUAUCGUCGAUAUUGGAAAUGCCCGAAAUUCCAUCCGAUACAUUUGCGGAUAUUAAGGAAUUACCUAAACCCAUUAUAUAUAAAUCAAAGAUUAGCACUAUUUAAAGUUUACCCUUUUUAAUUCAUCUUCAAUAUUUUCGUUUCUCGAAUGAAACCGCUGGAAAAUUUCAAAAUUCUGCUUACUUUACAUUACUGUGCUAUUAAUUUAUAGCAAAAGACUAAAAAAGAAUAUUUAUUAAAAU